GGCCUAGGCGGCCGCAGCGGCCCAGAAGGAAGAAGAGGACGGUGGCUGUCAGAAAGGCGGCUUCGGCAAUGAACUUGCCUGGGACGGCAGAAGCGGAGGAGGACUUGGCAGCUGUCUCUUCGUGGCGUCCCACUUGCUAACGGGACAGGUUUUGACAUGGCAGGGAGGCAUCAGAAUCGUUUUCCUCUUCCAGGAGUUCUUUCGAGUGGUCAAGCACAUUCAUUUGGAAAUUGUACAGACAGUGAUGUGGUGGAGGAGGAUGCUGAAGUUUAUGAGCUUCGAUCCAGAGGGAAAGAGAAAAUCCGAAGAAGUACAUCAAGAGAUAAACUUGAUGAUGUUAUAGUAUUAACAAAAGAUAUUCAGGAAGGAGAUACUUUAAAUGCAAUAGCCCUUCAGUACUGUUGUACGGUAGCAGAUAUCAAGAGGGUUAACAAUCUCAUCAGCGAUCAAGACUUUUUUGCCCUUAGAUCUGUCAAAAUUCCAGUAAAAAAGUUUAGUUCAUUGACUGAAACACUUCAUCCUCCAAAAGGAAGACAAUCUUCACGCCCUUCAUCUAUCCAAUAUGUUCCAGAACAACAGGAAAUUUUGUCACUUAAUGAUUCUCUUUCUUCCAGUGAGUCAGCUGGUAGCUUUUUAAAAGAAGUAGACCGAGACAUAGAACAAUUAGUAAAAUGUACAGACACCAAACGAGAAAACCUUAAUGAAGUGGUGUCUGCCUUAACAGCACAACAAAUACGUUUUGAACCUGAUCACAAAAACAUUCAACGUAAGGAUCCUUAUUAUGGAGCAGACUGGGGAAUAGGGUGGUGGACGGCUGUGGUGAUAAUGCUGAUAGUGGGUAUAAUAACGCCAGUAUUUUAUUUGCUAUAUUAUGAAAUUUUAGCUAAAGUGGAUGUUAGUCAUCAUUCAACAGUAGAUUCUUCACAUUUGCAUUCAGGAGUCACACCCCCAUCACAGCAGAGAGAAAUGGAAAAUGGAAUUGCUCCAACUAAAGGAACAUCCUUUGGCCAACAGGAUGAUCAUAAACUCUAUAGUCACAAUUCUCCGUUUCCUGCUGCUCAAUAUAAAACAUAACAAUUAGCUCAUAAUGAUGAUGUUUAUGAUCACAUGUUCUGGAAUGUGGUGAAUCAGUUAUAUUCAAUAACCACUUCGAAGGCAGAAUUAAGGAAGAUUGAAGAUGCUUGUUUUUCAAUUUUUGAGCCACUUACAAAUGGAUUGAGUACAAAAUCCCUGCAGUUGCUAGUUGAUAAUUGAGAACAGUAAAUCUACAUAUCUGUUUUAUUUAUCAGUGCUUAAGCAGAAAUGAAUUUAAAUAUGUGUCCAGGAAGUUCUCAACUUGGAAAACAUAAUUUAUUUAAGAUUGGUUAAUGUUUAAAUUUUAAGUAGUUUUUGGUUUAAGGUUAUUAAUGUUUAGUAAGCAGAAUACCACCAGAUAUGUGCAACUGAAGAAAAUUUACUAAUGUGAACCAUUAAAAUAUUUAGUUGCAAAAAUGUUUGAUUCUAAAAUUAGAUAGCACAUACUUAAUACUCCAUUAUAAACUUUCUGAAAACAAGUUUAGCAUAUAUGCUAUGAAGAAAGACAUGAAGUAGACACAGCAGUGGGGAAACAAUGUGUAGUGUAUAAUAGAGACUCAGAGAUUAAAUACUAUAUUUAACCCCCCAAAUAAGGUGUUAGUGUUGGGACGUUGCCAGUUGGUCACCAGAACACUGGAUUAGGUAAAGAACCAAAAGUAAUCUGUCUCUUAAAGAAUGCUGCCUCAGCUUCUGAUUUUUAGGCCAUUAUACUUGCCUCUGGUAUUUGAAAGCACUUUUGUAAUUCUUUGAUGAAAAUUGUUAUACAUGUACUGGUUAGCAUUAUUUAGAAAAUAAUUCCCUACAUACUGUGCUGUGUUACAUGUGGUAACAUGCCUUAAUUACAUUUAAUGCCUUAUAAAAUAUGUAAGCAAAUAUUUUUAGAAUUAAAAGCAGGCAUUUUUUCAGACAGUCCAAUGGGAUUUAUAACAGACUAUAUAAAUUCAUCUCCACUUUUACCAUCAAGUGCAAAUUAAUGGGGUUAAAGCAAGUUGUCAUUGUCUGCUUCUGAAGUUUGUUGCAGAAAAUGGUUCAUUAAGCAAAAGCAGGAGUAAAGACACCUUUGACAUUAGCAACAACAGACACAUUAUUUAUUGAGCCCUUCACCUGUUUCUCUGUCCACCUAAGUUGGACAGAGAAGAUGUCCAACUUAGAUCUUUUUUACUUUUUAACUAUAGCACAAAAUUGGGUAACAGAAGCCAAAGUUGUAUGGUUAAAGCGUUUGAUAGUGCCAGAUUUUAAGGUCUGCUAUGGCUCUGCUAGGUAAGCCAUUGUAUAUUGAUUCUAUCAUUUAAUUUCUUAAAGUAUGUGUUUUUAAAAAUGUAACCAAAAUGAUUCAUUAGAAGCUCUGGUGGAGUCUUGGAUGGCCUGUUUCGUGUAUAAUAAAGUACCUUACAAUCUAUAAUACCACCUCAUUUUCUGGGCAUUAUUUCCUAAUACUGUUUCAGCUAUUUGAUCAUUUUAUAUUUCAAACUCCAGUCUUGAUACAAACUGGGGUGAAUAAAUAGUAUGGUAAAUGAGGUUUUAUGUACCUUCAGUAGCAAAGUAUAAAAGACAGGACAGAAGUCAAAUAUUAAAGCCUUUGCAUGUAUUUGAGGACCUUGGAUAAUUACCAAAAAGUGUUUAAAUAGGGAAAUUGUAGCAAAUUGUUUUGUUUUGUUUUUGAAACUUAGUUUAAAAUUUAAAAUAUUGUUUUAAUGUACCUUGGGCAUCUUGAAGAGAGUGGUCUUUCUAAUUUAUGCUCAAUGUUAAUAAACUUGGUCAGUUUACAUUGUAUUUAUUAUGCCUGCUGAAAAAUCACGUUUUAGGGAAGAAACUACAGAGUAUUUUAGGGUAGAAUAGGCCAAAUAUCCUGUGAAGAAUUUUGUUUACAUCAAAUUGAUGAAAUUGCUGAAAGUUGGUGAUUCCUUCUUACUAAUGGUACUUUGAUUUCCAGGAGAAGUUAUUUUUAAAGUAGUGAGGUGUACUAUGUACUUCUUAAUGUCCUGUUCUUUGAAGGAGGCAGUUACCUUUUUCUGUAUGUUGGAAUUAUAUAUUUUUAAUUGAAUUAUAUAAUUCUGUUAUAUUUAGAAUUAUAGAUUCUAAUUGUGUCAUUUUUAAAAGAAAAAAUUCCUAAGCAUUUCAUAUAAUUUUUGCUCUUAAAAAGUACUAAUAUACAUCAAAAUUUGUAGCCAAUGCAGAUUACUUUGGAAAACUUAAUAAAGUAAGAAAAAUUGUGAAUUUUAAUUGUGUUGAAACCCUUAUCUGAAUUUGAGACUUCACAUUAAAAAAUAUAUAUGCAUGCAUACAAGUAUAAAAUUAACAGAACUGCAAAUCAUUGCAUUUGGUUCACUUAAAAGUUGGAGUUACAAGUGAAGCAAAAUCUGCUAUUUUUAGGGGGACAGAUUUUUUUUUUGGCUGGUACAAAUGGUCAAGUUUGUUUUGAACUAAUGAAUACCAUUUACAAUAAAUUGACUAUGAAUCUGCUGGCCACAUUAAGAAUUAGAGACUGCAAUGUUAAAUUAAUUUAUCCAGAGGACUUUUUGUUUAAAGCUUUUCUUUUUCUGGGCUCUAUUUGCUAUUCAGUGUCCUGAAGAGUUGUUAUUGAAAGGAACCGUAAUGAUUCAUUACUUAAUAAUUAGUUCUUUUUAAAGAUAUCUACUUCUAAAAUUACCUACUUUGGAAUAUGAAGGAUACAGUUGGAGUUUAUUUUAGAAAUACCAUGAAGCAAGGGUCCAAAAUGCUACAGGGUAAAGGUGGAGUUUUUUUAAGUAUUUACAUGGUGCUUUGUGAUAAGAAUCAUUUUGAAUUACAACAGUGCUCCUCAGGAAGUCAUCAUUUUUCUUCUAAGUAUGUGCAUAUUGCACUGUUAGGCCAUAGAAAUAACUGAAUGCAAUAUUUAAUUCUUUUUAUAUAUACAAACACUGUAAACCUUUUGUGUAAUAUAUUUUAUAUAAAUGUGAGAUAGACUUGUAAUAACAUUGUUAGCAUGUACAUUUGUAAAACUGGUUUAUAAAUCUUUUUGCCCCUUAUUUUUCAUAUUUUAAAAGAUCUUCAAAAUAAAAUUUCUAUUUUAUUCAA